CACAACAUCCAGUUGGAGAUAGUAAACUGCCUAAAGCAGCAAUUUGUUUGCCUGAAAAGAGUUGCCAGGGGCUGUAUGUUGGGUUUAUAUCAACUGAGCUGCCAGAAAUUUGCCUCAUAAAGCUUUGGUGGUCCACAUCUUAAUGGAUUUCUGUAGCCUCUUAAUUUCUCCAUUCAUCCAGUUCCCAGCAUCGUGAGAAGAUUAGCCAGCACAGAACCUAGAAAAAUUACAUGGUGUGAACGGAAUGUCUGUGGAUGAGAAGACUGAAUCCCCCAUGUAUGUGUAUGAGUCAACAGUUCAUUGUACCAAUAUCCUCCUGUGCCUAAAUGACCAGCGGAAGCAGGAUAUUCUCUGUGAUGUGACUUUGAUUGUGGAGGGGAAAGAGUUUCGAGCCCACCGGGCUGUGCUGGCUGCUUGCAGUGAAUACUUCUUGCAGGCGCUGGUUGGGCAGACGGAAAAUGAUCUGGUUGUCAGCCUGCCAGAGGAGGUCACUGCCAGAGGAUUUGGUCCAUUGUUACAGUUUGCCUACACUGCUAAGCUGUUACUCAGCAGAGAAAACAUCCAGGAGGUCAUCCACUGUGCUGAAUUCCUGCGCAUGCACAACCUGGAGGACUCCUGCUUCAGUUUCCUUCAGACUCAGCUGCUGAACAAUGAAGAUGGCCUGUUCCUAUGCAAAAAGGAUACCACCUGUCAGAGAAUGCACGAUGAAGAGAACUCUGAUGGAGAAGAGGAGGAAACUAUGGAAUCAGAGACUUCAAAGAUAUCCUGCCCAAGGGAAAGAAUGCAUCAGGAACCCUUUAACUUUGAAUCCACUAGUUCUGGAGCAGACAAGGAAGAAGGGAUGCUGCCUGACUCUGACAUGCUGAGAGAUAGCAAGGACAGUUUGGACAAAGACUCAGUAACACGGUACCCAAGAUAUAAGAAAUACCAGCUUGCUUGUACCAAGAAUGUCUACAACACAUCACACAUCAGUACCUCAGGUUUUGCAAGCACAUUCAGUGAAGAGAGUUCUGGAAAUGGCCUCAAAUCAGGACUUGCUGUGGGGCAGAUAAAAAGCGAGCCUCAGAAUGAGGAAAACGAUGAAGAAAGCAUCACGCUUUGCCUGUCUGGAGAUGAACCUGACAUCAGGGAUAAAGAAGGGGAUGUUGAAAUGGACAGGAAACAGCCAAGUCCCACUUGUGUUGACAGGUCUAAAAGUGUGUCCUCUCCUUCCUGCUUAAGGUCUUUCUUCAACAGAACAAAAAGCGUAGAUUUGGUUGGCUUCCCCAGUACUUCCCAACAGCACUUUGCCAGGGGUCCAGCAUGCCCUCUUGACAAAGGGACAACUCAGGGUGACCAGAAAACUGACUACAGCCCUUUCACAGGGAAUUAUGGACAGUCCCAUGCCAUUCAGAAGGAUACUUCCAACUUCACAAUGGGAUCGCCACUCAGAGGGCCUGGUUUUGAAGCACUCUGUAAACAGGAAGGUGAACUGGACAGGAGGAGUGUUAUAUUCUCUUCAAAUGCUUGUGACCAAGUAAACACUUCAGUGCAUUCAUAUUCUGGUGUGAGCAACUUGGACAAAGACCUCACUGAGACAGUGCCAAAGGGUCUGUGGGCUGGAGGCAGCCAAUCCCUUCCUAGUUCACAGACCUAUUCCCACAGUGGACUGACAGCUGAUCACUUGCCAGGAAGGAUGCGGCCUAACACCAGCUGCCCGGUGCCAAUUAAAGUUUGCCCUCGCUCUCCUCCUUUGGAAACCAGAACCAGGACCUCUAGCUCAUGUUCCUCCUACUCAUAUGCAGAGGAUGGCAGUGUUGGUUCUCCCUGUAGCCUCCCUCUGUGUGAGUUUUCAUCUUCCCCCUGUUCCCAAGGAGCUCGAUUCCUGGCCCCUGAACAUCAGGAGCCAGGCAUGAUGGGAGAUGGAAUGUACAACCAAGUCAGACCCCAGAUUAAAUGUGAGCCAUCCUAUGGAACAAACUCCAGUGAUGAGUCUGGGUCGUUCUCAGAAGCAGACAGUGAAUCAUGUCCUGUGCAAGACAGAGGACAUGAGGUGAAGCUUCCUUUUCCUGUAGAUCAAAUCACAGAUCUUCCACGGAAUGAUUUCCAGAUGAUGAUAAAGAUGCACAAGUUAACCUCAGAACAGUUAGAGUUCAUCCAUGAUGUUCGCCGGCGCAGUAAGAACCGGAUUGCAGCUCAGCGCUGCCGCAAAAGAAAACUGGACUGUAUUCAGAACUUAGAAUGUGAAAUCCGCAAAUUGGUGUGUGAGAAAGAGAAAUUACUGUCUGAAAGGAACCAGCUGAAAGCAUGCAUGGGAGAAUUGUUAGAUAACUUCUCAUGUCUUUCCCAAGAAGUGUGUAGGGAUAUGCAGAGCCCUGAACAGAUCCAAGCCCUGCACCGAUAUUGCCCUGUUCUCAGGCCUAUGGAUCUACCAACAGCCACCAAUAUCAACCCUUCACCAGCUGGAGUAGAGCAAAACCUAGUGACAUCCCAGUGUGUUGGGGAAGGCAUGCAGUGCUGCUCAGAGCAAGACUCUGUGCAACUAGGAGCUCACUGGCUACCUAACAACGUCUCCGAAAAUUGUACAGCCGGAAGAGGGCUUGAUGGAGUUGCCCAAGGUACUUACUCAGAAAGAGAGCUCCCUCUAGAACAGAGUAGCCAAACAGUGACAGUAGACUUCUGUCAGGAAAUGACUGAUAAAUGUACAACAGAUGAGCAGCCUAGGAAAGAUUACACCUAG